CCCGGGCGGCCGCGGGUGCUGCGCCUGCAGCCCAGGAGGGGCUUGGUCUCUCGCCCCUUCACCCUGGUCACCUACGGCCGCGACGGCACCCGCCGCGAGGAGCACCCCUUCGUGCGGGACAACUGCUUCUACCAGGGCGACGUGCUGGGCAGCCCCGAAUCCAUGGUGGCCCUCAGCACCUGCGGCAAGGGCCUCCACGGCGUGCUCUGGGUGGAGAACGACACCUACCGGAUCGAGCCCGUCCCCAAUGACCCGGCCUUUCGGCACAUUCUCUACCGCAUGGAGGAGGCCAACAGCCCCGAGGGACAGGGCUGCGGACUGACGCCGGAGGUGCUGCAGCAACAAAAGGCUGUGCUGCCCUGGUUAAAGGCUCCCAAGACAGAGGGGGGGAACGAAAAGCUGGAGGGCUGGUGGACACACAUCAGGUAUGUGAAGAUGGUAGUGGUCGUGGACCACGUGCGGUUUGUGAAGUCGGGCAAGAACAAAACCGAAGUCUUGAAGGACGUCAUGCAUGUCAUCAAUGUUGCGGACGCUAUGUACAAGCCGCUUUCUGUCCGGCUGUUUCUUAUAGGACUGGAGAUCUGGACUGAAAGUAACUUUAUAAAUAUUACUAACUCUAUUCCCAGUGUACUUGGUCAGUUUAACACGUGGAGAAAGGAAAACCUGGUCGGUCGCCUGCACCACGAUGUUGCUCACUUAUUUGCAUUUCAGCGGUUUGGGAGCAGCCUGGGAUUGGCAUAUAUAGGGACAGUGUGCGAUAGCCACUGGGCAUCAGCUGUUGUUUCCUUCACUGAGAAAAAGUUGUCUGGAGUUUUUGUCACAUUUGCCCAUGAGCUGGGCCAUAAUCUUGGGAUGGUCCAUGAUAAACCGGAAUGUUAUUGCAAACGCAAGACAUGCGUUAUGUAUGAAAACAAUGCUAAAACAGAUUCGUUCAGUGACUGCAGUUACAAGGACUACUUUGAUCUGGUUGUAAAUCGCGCUCCGUGCCUUCGUCAACCCCCAGAACCUGGCAGUUUCUACACUGGGAAACAAGAAUACUGUGGGAAUAAGGUAGUUGAAAGCGGAGAGCAAUGUGACUGUGGUUCACCAGCAAACUGCAGAAGGGAUCCUUGUUGCCACACAAACUGUACAUUUACUGCAGGUUCGGUCUGUGCAUCUGGAAAAUGCUGCAAGAACUGUCAGUUCCUUCCAGCAGGAACACUCUGCAGAGCAAGUACUGGCGGCUGUGACCUGCCAGAAUAUUGCAAUGGGAUUUCUCCUCAGUGUCCGCUGGAUGUAUACAAACAAGAUGGAACCCCUUGCCAAGAUGGUAUUUAUUGCUAUAAAGGAAAAGGCUCUUCCCACAGAGAACAGUGCCAGAAUAUUUUUGGCAAACGUGCCACGGUUGCUCCUUUAGAUUGCUUCAAAGCAGUGAACACUCAAGGUGACCGGUUUGGGAACUGUGGUAUUCGUGACAAUGUCCAUUUUACAAAAUGCAGUACUCAGAAUAUCUUAUGUGGUAGGAUUCAGUGUGAAAACAUAGGCAAAUUGCCUUUCUUGGAGAACCAUGUAACGGUAGUCCAAACUCCUGUUCAAGAUAAGAAAUGCUGGGGUCUUGACUAUCAUGUGGGGAUACCAAGAGCAGAUGUGGGAGCCGUGGAAGAUGGCACACCGUGUGGUAAUGAUAUGCUUUGUAUCAACAGGACAUGUAUGAGUGUAUCAGUGCUAAACUAUGACUGCAACUUGACAAAGUGUCAUGACAGAGGGGUGUGUAACAAUCGUAAGAACUGUCACUGUGACUAUGGCUGGGCUCCUCCAUAUUGUGAAUUGGAAGGAUUUGGAGGUAGCAUUGACAGUGGACCCCCUCCAGCCAGGAAGAUGUCUCAGAGAGCAAAAGUAAGACUAAUAUUAUUGGGUUUUUUUGUUAUGUGUAUCAUUGGAGUAGCCCUUUCCAUCUAUUAUAGACGGGAAAUAGCGAGAUGGCUUACAAACAAAAAGGCCCGAUUUCGUAGAAUAUUGAAGUUGUUUCAAAGAAACAGAAAACGAAAAAAAGGAAAAAAAGGGAAAAAAAAGGAAAAAAAAGAAGUUUCCAAAGAAAAAUCCACCAAAGGUGGUAAGUCAAAAUCCACCAAAGGUGGUAAGUCAGAAUCCACCAAAGGUGGUAAGUCAGAAUCCACCAAAGGUCAAAACGAGUAGAUUUUGAUGCUGUUGAGGAAAUCUCCCUUUAGCAGAGCCAUCUGAUAGCUCAGCAGAAUAAUUCAACAGGUUCUGAACAGCUCAAAUCUCACGUGAUAUCAUUAAAUGCAGAGUAAAUGUUAUCUCUGUACGUUUUCUUUUAAGUUAAUAAAUGCAGGCAGUAAGGCAUGCUCUUCUUUGUACCCUGAGCUCUUAAACGGAUGUAAUUAAAACUGCAGGUAUUGUGUUUCUGCUUCAUAUCAACAGUUUAACAAUGCAAACUUCUUAAAACAGGUGUAGAUAAAUUACUUGCUCCAAUUUCCUCCUUCACCUAAUGUUUUCUUCAGUGCAGGGAGAGACAUGUUUGUGAACAUCUUCUGUCAUUCAUUAACAACUAAAGAGAAAAAAUUGCACUUGAAGUCUCCACUGGGUUCCUUCCAGGCAAACUGUUCUGUGUCUCUGUGAUUUAAUUCACAUCUGUGAGACACAAACAGGCAUAGCAGUGAGAUACAGGCAUCUGUUUCACAAGUGCUUCCAGCUGUUUACAGGGGGCAGCCCUUCAGAGGGAGGUAGACCAUAGGGAGUAGGGCCUUCUUUUUGUGAAAGAGUAGAGAAGGAUUAUCCAGACCACAACCAGUAAGCAUUGAAUUUCUGAACUAUAAUAUAUAUGUCAAAGGUGUAGUGACACCUGGCAUUUCACAAGAACAAAUUGUUUUUAUUUUCUGGAAAUUUUCCAGUGUCUUGACUGCUGGCUGCUUCUGGGAAGUGCUAUGUAUUUUAUUGUUGCUAAGAGGAGGUGUCUCUGGGGUUCCCCAAAUCAACUGAAUUUCUAAGUAUUUGGAAUUAUUCUGCAAGUCUCCUCUGCCUAGAAUUCCUGCAAUAUUUGAUAGAUGCUUUAUCUGACUGUCUCAGGGGGUUUCUCUUGGCUUACUCUGUGAUUAUUUCUUCAGCUAUAACUGAAUGUGUCCUUGCAGCUCUAUGGGGUGCCACACAGAAGCAUUGUAAUUUUAAUUUUUUUAACAAAACAUAAAAUAUGUCUAACUUCUGAAAAAUAUUAGGGACAUGGAAAUACCAUUCAAUAAGUUUUACUGUUAUUAUUUAUAUUCCAGAAGUAACUAGACCAUUCUAUCAGAUCAGCAUGAAGAGGGGUCUAUAGUCCAGAUCACAGUGAAAACUUUUUUUUAAGGGUGUUUCAGGAUAAAGGGCUCUAAUGCACUUUUCUGCUAACAAAGGAAUUAUUUGUAAUUAGAAAGCAAAGAGCACACUUUUAGCAAACAUUCUCUAAAGUCAGGAUAAGUACCCCAACACUUGAGAACAUUUGGGAAGAAAGAUGUUGGUGACUCUACAAAUUAUGACGGUCAACUCCUGGUGCCUCCCAAAUAUAUAAUUUAUGUUUUUAGAAUAUGCAUUUUCCUGUAACUUUUAUGUGUAUUUUUUGUGUUCUGUAUCCAAAAAGGGACGAUUACAUUAUGAUGGGAUGUGAAAUACAAAGCAUGUGAUUCACAGUUUUUCACAACUUUUUGUCUAGAUCAAACGGGUACUUAAAUAGUUAUCUAUGCUGUCUGCAGAAAUGAGGUAACACAUUGUUUGUUUAGGCUGUGCUUCUUGUUGUGAUAGAACAUGGAUGGUUUUGAUUAGGUGAUGAAAACUUAAUCCUGCAUUUAUGUCAAAAGGCAGGGUAACUGGCCCUUGACUAACACCACAGAUUAAUUCCUCAUAACCACAGACCUUCUUCAGCGGGGUUGGGGGAGUGGGAGAGGUGUGCUCUGAGAAAUAACAAUUGUAAUUCAGGUGUUGCAAACAAGGGAUAGGAGACAGACAAGGGAGAUGUGGAUUAAUUGAAUUUUGGAGAUAAAAAGUAACAAAAGCACUACACCCAGCACCUUCCAACUAUUUAUGCACAACUAGCACCUACGAAGACUUUUUCAGUUUUGCUUUUUAAGUACAAAAAGAGUGGCAGAAGUUUCAGGUUCCCACCUUGAUGGCCUGUCAUUGUUGAUCAAUAGUGUACUAUAAAUUGCCAAGUAUAGAUCUAUGCUGAGGCAGGGAAACACCAGUCAGGGAGUUCUUGUUUACAGACCUGCAUAGUGAAGAGACAGAGGUAUAAAUGAAAGCACAAUUUAGGCUAGAAAGCUUAUUUGCAAAUGCAGUUUUGGGAAAGAUAAAGUAAUAAAAUGCUGUAGUUUCUGUUUUUCUCUAUGCUUAAAGAUUGGUCUGAAAAAACAGGACUUAAUUGGGAGGAGGAGGCUUUCAGUGAGCUUUGGAUAGGAGUAUAUCUGUAUACUUUUCUCCCAUUUCAUCUUGGGCCAUAUGAGCAAGACAAACAUGCAUCUCAACAAACCUGGUCUAUGUUUUGUAAAAUGUAUGAGUUUCCUUUCUGGAGUUUUCUCCUUGAAAAUAUUUCUGUUUCUGAUUUCAACAUAGCAAUGAAAAACUUGAUGUUUCUGGUGGUUUGUUAGAAAUAUCCCAUUUCUCUGAAGGUGC